CCAUUCAAGAUGGCGUUAAUACUUAAGUCGCUUAUCCUCUUACUUUUAGUCGCGUUUGUUUGCGCAAAGACAGUAAAACAGUCGAAAAAUGAUAAAGAAACGCUAGAAAAAUAUAUAGAAGAUAAAAAGAAAGAGAUAAAUCCUAGAUGGAGACUGCAUUAUCACGUGGCAGGGCCUGUUGGAUGGAUCAAUGAUCCAAACGGGUUCUCGUACUACAAGGGAGAAUACCACCUCUUCUAUCAAUUUUACCCUUACGCUGCAAAAUGGGGACCUAUGCACUGGGGUCAUGUCACUAGUAAAGAUCUGGUCAACUGGAAACAACUACCAACAGCUCUCUUACCAGACGAAGAACAGUGCUUCUCAGGUAGCGCAGUGGUCGAUGGUGACACCCACGUACUCAUAUAUACUGCUCAUGAAAAUUUGGCCUCUGGUCUCUCCAACGAAUCGCAGUACUUAGCGUUUAGCGACGAUGGUGUCAAUUACGACAAAUUCAAAGGGAAUCCCGUCAUACCCCAAGCUCCCAACGGAUCCCCUGACUUUAGAGACCCUAAAGCCUGGAAACAUGGUGAUCACUGGUACGUUAUCAUCGGGAGCAAAACCACAGACGAACGAGGCAGAGUUUUACUGUACAGAUCCGAAGAUUUGAUCGAAUGGGAGUUCUUGACUAUUUUGGGCGAAUCUAAAGGCGAUUUAGGAUACAUGUGGGAGUGCCCGGAUUUCUUCGAGCUGGACGGAAAGUUUGUACUGCUGAUGUCUCCUCAGGGCAUGAAACCAGAAGGUGAUAGAUACAAGAAUCUCCACCAGACUGGAUAUAUAAUUGGCAGUUUCAACUACGAUACGUUAGAGUUUACUCCUGAUGUUGGUUUCCAAGAGAUGGACUACGGACAUGACUUUUAUGCUGCGCAGACAAUGGAACAUAAUGGCAAAAGGUACGUGGUCGGCUGGUUUGCCAUGUGGGAGUCUCCCUUCUUGGAAGACGUUGAUGGAUGGGCAGGCGCCAUGACUAUCAUUCGUGAGUUGAGUAUUGUGAACAAUCGCAUCAUUAUGAAGCCUUUGGACGACAUGGUGUCUUUAAGAGAAUCUUUAGUUGCUAGUGGUGAUUUCAGAACCAAUGUACCUGUGGUAUUUGGUAAGACUGCUGAGAUUGUUAUUGACGGGGAUUUGAAUAAGAAUAUGGAUUUCCUUCUAGAAGGUACGGAAGGAGGAGAGAAGGGGUGGAUUAAGUGGGACUCAGAAAGUAGAAAAGUAGGAAUAGAGAUCGAUGGUGAUGUAAGGCAGGUGGAAUGGUACCCUAUAGGAUCGACGACUUUAAGGAUCUUUCUAGACGCCAGUUCUGUGGAGUUGUUCUGUGGUGAGGGAGAAGUAGUUUUCAGCAGCAGGUUGUACCCUGAAGGUGGAUGGAAGGUCACUAACAAGAACGUUCAAGAUGUCAAGAUUGAGGCGUAUUCUUUGAAGAGAAGUGUCCCGGAAUAAUAGCUACAUACUUUUUUACAAGAUAACGAUUUUUUACAAGAUAACGAAUUUUUAUAAGGGACUAGGUUUAUACAUAAAGUACAAAGUACAUUAAACCGGAAAAAAUGCAUGAAGACUUUAAUGAGAGUGGAAGAAGCAGUAGUGGUGUGUCAGGAUAGUAGUAAGUGGAAUUCCAUGGUCUCUGCCUACCCCAAUGAGAAAUAUGUGUGAUCUUAUGUAAGUAGGCCAAUUAGGAUGGUAACGUUACUCCCAAAAACUCGACUUUGACUUUGACUUUGACCUUGACUUUAGACUUUAUUUCGUUUCGUUUGGUUUCGUUUUUUUAUUAUUUUGUGUGUAAUCUUCACAUAAAUUGAAUCUACUGGCGUCAUACUUAGAUUAUUUCAUACUUUAGAACAUACUUUGUAAAUAAUUUAUGAGGUAGAUAUACUUAUAUAAGAAAUAUAUUUUCAAAAUUUAAAUUAUUUUUUUUAAAUAAAAUCUUUAUAAAAUUAA